CCCGGAAGUGAAAUAUUGAACUACACACCACAUGGUCAAAAUGGGAGAUAAACAACAAGAUGAAAAUGUUGAAAAAUCUGACACCGAAGACGAUGAUGAGAUGGAAAUGUGUCAGAUGGACGGAGCUGACGAGGAAAUGGAAGAUGAAAACGAAGACGAUAAAGUGUAUCUCCCUGGGGAGCCACUAGAAGAGGGAGAAGAGUUAGUGUGUGAUGAAUCUGCAUACAUGAUGUAUCAUCAGGCACAAACAGGUGCACCGUGUCUCAGCUUUGAUGUUAUACCAGACUCUUUAGGAGACAAAAGAGAGACCUUCCCAUUAACAUGUUAUUGUGUUUCUGGUUCUCAGUCAGAGCAUGGACACUUGAAUCAUGUGAUUGUCAUGAAAAUGGAAAAUCUACAUCGGACUACAAAAGAGAAAAAAGAAUCAGAUGAAAAUGAAGAUGAAUCAGAUGAGGAUGAAGAAGAAGAUGAUGAUGAAGAAAAAAAACCAGAAUUAGAAACAGUGUCAAUAAAACAUAGUGGCUCUGUUAAUAGAAUAAGGGUAACAACAAUUGGUCAAAAGAGUAUAGCAGCUACUUGGUCAGAGAAUGGCAAAGUGUAUAUCUGGGAUUUGACACGGCCCCUUCAUGCUGUUAAUGACUCUAACAUCAUGUCAGUUUACAUACGCAAUGAAGAAUCUCCACCUCCUAUUUAUACAUUUAAAGGCCAUCAGGUAGAGGGAUUUGCUGUUGAUUGGUCUCCUAUUAUGGAAGGAAGACUACUGACUGGUGAUUGUAAAAAGAACAUACAUAUGUGGACUCCAAAAGAAGGAGGAGCUUGGCAUGUAGAUCAAAGACCUUACAGUGGACACACCUCUUCAGUUGAAGAUAUACAGUGGUCUCCUAAUGAAAACAAUGUUUUUGCCUCGUGUUCUGUAGACAGAUCAAUCAGAGUAUGGGAUGCAAGAGCUGCCCCUAAUAAGGCAUGUAUGUUGACUGCUGAAGAGGCUCACGACAGAGAUGUUAAUGUUCUACACUGGAAUAGGAACGAACCAUUCAUAGCUUCAGGGGGUGAUGAUGGUGUUAUUAAAGUCUGGGACCUGAGACAGUUUCAGAAGGGUAAACCAGCAGCAUCAUUUAAACAUCACACAGCACCAAUAACAUCUAUAGAAUGGAAUCCUUAUGAUAGUUCUGUGUUUGCUGCAUCUGGUUCUGAUAACCAAAUAACAAUAUGGGAUUUGUCAGUAGAAAAAGACAAUGAAGGUGAAGGGGAACCAGAUGUUCCGCCUCAGUUGUUAUUUAUUCAUCAAGGACAGACAGACAUUAAAGAAUUACACUGGCACAAACAGUUACCUGGUGUAAUAGUUAGUACAGCGCAUAGUGGUUUUAACAUCUUCAGAACGAUAAGUGUGUGAUCAUUAAAUGAUUUUAAUAUG